GGCCGGGGCGGUCCCCGCGCGUCCUGCCCGCCGCCCGGGACCCGCGGCUGGGCUCUGGGCCUCGGGCGGGACGGGCCGGCGAGGAGCCGCAGGGCGGUCGGGGUGGAAGGACGCGGGUGCCGGGGCCGCUCCGCCUGCGGGAGGUGCUGCCGCAAACCGGGGCCGCGGCCGGGGUCAACCCGAAGCUUGCACCAACCCCCACCCCGCCCCGGGCUGUGGCCGCGGACGCGCUCUGCCUGCCCGGGGCGGCUGGGAUCGCCCGGAGGCUCUUCGCCGGCCUUCGGACAGCGCCAGUGGGGCCCACGGUGCCUUCGAGAGGCCGUUUUCUGACAUCCGCGCGCGGGAGCCGGGUCCCCUGCCCGUGGGGGAUGCAGGGGGCAGCCGCCUCACAGACGUCUCCAUCUGCCGGGAGAUGCCCAGCCUGGAAGUGAUCACACUCAGCGUCAACAGCGUCUCCACCCUGGAGCCCGUGAGCCAGUGCCGGCAGCUGAGCGAGCUCUACCUGCGGAAGAACCGCAUCCCCAGCCUGGCCGAGCUCUUCUACCUGAAAGGCCUGCCGCGCCUGCGCGUGCUCUGGCUGGCGGAGAACCCGUGCUGUGGCCCCGACCCGCACCUCUACCGCAUGACCGUCCUGCGCAACCUGCCGCACCUGCAGAAGCUGGACAACCAGCCCGUGACCGAGGAGGAGCUGUCCCGUGCGCUGCUGGAGGGAGAGGAGGUCACGGCCCCUGGCACUGAGGGCACAGGGAACAGUGGGUCUAAGCUGUCCUACGCCCUGAGUGCCAUGGACACCAGCGCCGAGACCCGGCAGGACACACUGAGCUGUGGCGAGGAGGAGACGAGCGUCCAGAGCCAGCUGGGCCUGAAGCCGCCUUCCCGGGAGCGGUUCCCUUCCUUCUCACAGAGGGACGCCGUGAGCAGUCACAAGAACAGGAACAACGUGCUGAGCGCCGUCCUGCUGCUGCUGCGGGAGCUGGACGCCGAGGGGCUGGAGGCCGUGCGGCAGACCGUGGUCGGCCAGCUCCAGGCCCUGCACAAGCUGGAGCUGCAGGAAGACGUGGAGUGACGGUCAGUCGGGACCGAGCUGCCAAGCCUUCUUCCCAUGACCCCGUGCCCAAGCGCCUGGGAGAUGUGGGGUCCCUGCCACAGCCACGGCCUCCACGGGACCCCGGCUGAGUCCCAGCAUGCGGGCCAUGUCUCGGGAAACUCUGGCCCACCUGGGGGCGCCAGGCCCUCCGUGUGGAUGGCGCUGCCGCGAGAGCCGGCAGGGCAUCGGGCACUGUGCUGGGUGCCCUCCCUGCGUGGGGCCCAAUGCCCACCGGCCUGCACAGGGGGCUCCCCGGACUUGUCUCUUCCUGAGGCGGGCAGGGCCCCCACUGUCCCUAAUAAAUAUCUUACCAAAGUC